AUGCCCGCCGCAACAAAUGCUGAUGCCUCGUUUUUGUUGCAUCGACUUUUCAGGGAAUACCAAACGAGUAUUUUCAUUGUGGGCAGUACUGUGGUUGCUGCUUGGUUAUUCAAUAAACUGUGGAUCAAUCAUCGAUUUUAUCCGAGUAAACAAUCGAUGCAUAACAAAACUGUUUUAAUUACAGGAGGAACUAUUGGCAUUGGCUAUGAAACUGCAAAAGAUCUUCUUCAACGAGGUGCUCGAGUUAUUAUUGCUUGUCGAAAUUUGAACAAAGGACGUAAUGCAACGAGUAGACUUCUCAGCGAAACCGACGCUAAUGAAGAUAGUAUUCGAUUGAUGGAAUGUGAUCUAUGUUCAUUGGAGUCGGUACGAAAUUUUGCCAGAUUAUACAAUGAACAAGAAGAAAGACUGGACAUCUUGAUUUGUAAUGCUCGUCUGAGUUGGUCAUCGCCCAUUAUAACUAAGGAUGGUUUCAAUGCGGUGAUUCAAGCCAACUAUCUUGGCCAUUUUCUUCUUACAAAUCUUCUAUUGAAUAAAAUGAAAAAAUGUCGACCAAGUCGGAUCCUUCAUGUUUCAUCUGAACUGCAUGCCGGCAUAGAAUCCAUUGAUUGGUCCGAUGUUUUUACACAAUUUCGAAAUCCUCAUUGGCAUGGUGCCUAUCCAACGUCGAAACUAUUUCAAAUUCUAUCAGCACUCAAGCUAAAACAGGAUCUAUAUGCUGAACGUAUCGAUGUUUUUGCAUUGACUCCAAGUUGGAUGCCAACUUCAAUCGACGGUCGAUCGGUAAAAGCUAUUAUUUGGUUAGCAUUCAUUCUCUCGUAUCCAUUCGUGCGUUAUUUAAAAUUUCUAUUUACCAAAACGCCUGAAAUCGGUGCACACACAAUUGUCUAUUGUGCUGUUGAACCAACACUCGAACAGUCAAAUCAUUUCUAUUUUCAAAACUGUAAUGUUGCACAGCCAUCGUCCUUAGCCAUCGACCAAAUAGUAGCUGAACGGCUCUGGAAGACAAGUCUCGAAGCAGUGGGACUCUGA